AUAUGGCGGAUUUGAUCUUUUUAUGAGACGGUUGUGUUUUGUCAUGUUUACAUUAACGAUUGUUUCUAGUGGGAUUUUUCUUAUGUGAUUUUUAAUAUGAUAUCGUCGAUUAUUUCCCGACUGGUAAUAUUAGUAUUUGGAACUCUCUACCCGGCGUAUGCUUCAUACAAAGCUGUGCGGACAAAGAACUUGAAAGAAUAUGUAAAAUGGAUGAUGUACUGGAUCGUGUUCGCUUUGUUCACGUGCACAGAAACGUUCACAGAUGUGUUUCUGUCUUGGUUUCCUUUCUACUACGAAGUGAAGAUAGUGCUAGUACUAUGGCUCCUGUCACCAGCCACCAAGGGCUCUUCGAUUCUAUACAGGAAGUUUGUUCACCCAGCGCUGUGCAGGCGAGAACAGGAGAUCGAUGAGUACAUUGCAAAAGCCAAAGAUCAAGGUUACCAUACUGUUCUCAAUUUGGGUACUAAAGGAGUCAACUAUGCCACAACUGUUAUUAUGCAAACUGCAAUCAAAGGUGGUGGCGGGCUGGUUCAGCAGUUGCGCAAGAGCUACAGCCUGUCGGACCUUAGCGAGUGCGAACCGCGUGAGGAGCGUGGCGACGAGGCCGACGACGUGCUUGCCGAGCCGCGCCUCAUACGACGCGCGGUCAAGAGCGGAUUUGCGACUCGGCGAAGCGCGUCUGAGUCGAAUAGUCGCUCACCGAUGUACUUCCCCGAAGUGGACGUGGACGUACGGCCGAGGCCACGGAUGGAUGAACCGGAUUUCAGUCACAUAAAGUCGACGGAGGACAUAAGCUCGGGCUACUCGAGCGCGGAGAACUCGUCGUCGCUGACGCGCACGUCGUCAGUGGGCGGGGCCUCGCGGCGCGCGCGCGCCUCGCGCACCGCCGUCACCGCCAUCAAGCGCCCGCCCGCCGCCGAGGAUAAUCAAGUUCUCAUCGAGGAGCUACACGACGACGAUAGUUUCGAUUAUGCAAACAUGCCUCCUCUCGUUAAUUUUUCAUCCCCUCUAUUCUUAUCCCACACCGACCCUCCGUUUAUUUAUCAAUACAUUGGAGACCAGAUUAAAAUAAUUCAAGUAUUAGGUAACUUUCCAUUGAAUCAAAACUUUAACAGCAAUAAUGAUAAUUCAGAUAAACGGGACCAAAAAGAAGCCCAUGUGGAGACUAACGCGCCGCCCAUAACUAAAUGUUCAGAAAAUGACUGCAAUGACAAAACGAAGCAGGAAGAAGCAAUUGUAAAUAAAGACUUUAAUAUAAACAUUCCUAUUGAUAUCGGUACUAAAGACAAUAAUGACGAUAUUAAAAAACAAUAUCAAGUUAGUGAAUUAUCUAAUAACCGAGAAAAAAAAUUAAAAACAGAAAAUUGUUUUAUGAAUGAUUCUAGUGACCCUUGCACAUCAAAAGAUACCAUCUUUGAAACAUCAUCUAUAGAGGGUGAUUACCUAGAAAGUAGUGAUGAAGCGUCAUUUGAAACACCUAUAUCGACGCCUAAAAGUAUUCGGAAAAAUAUUAAAGGUAAAUAUGGUAAAAAUAAAGCACCGCCUCCACCACAACUUAACGCAUGCAAAGGCGAAGAAUUACAGUCUAUGGAAAACAACGAAAACGACCAGACUAGUGUUAACAAUUUAAUUAGUAACAAAUCAGAUAUUCUAGAACAAAAACUAGACACUAUACAAGAUUCAAAUUAUCAAAAUCCAGAAUCCGAAAAAAUGACAAAUGUUUUGAAUGAGGAUUGUAAAAAAUUACAAGGAUCUCCUUUUACUGCGAAUGCUUCAAUGGAGGAUAAUUUUGAACAAGACAAAGAAAAUACCGAACCUUCUAUUUCUUCUGUUAGAAUUUCUAAAGGAAACAUAACCUUUGGAAAAUUAUUUCAUAUACCAAGCAAAUUGGUGUUCUGGCAUAAAACUGAUGAGAAAUCAAUAUUAGACGUAGAUUUAACAAAUGCAAGUAGAAAAUCGUCAGUUGAAAAUACUUUUGACGAAUUUCAAAGUUGUCAUGACUUAAAUGUUUAUAUUGGUCAACACGAUGUCCCGCAAAUAAAAAUUACAGAGAUGCCUGCGGAAGAUGGUGUUAGUGGCGAAAAUAUUUCAAAUGACAUUUUAAAAAAGAGUGAUGCGCUGCAAAAAAUUAUUAAUGAAAAAUUAGAAAAUCAUCCUGAAUACAAAUUUGUUUCCUUACAUGAAGAAAUACCGACAACAUCAAAAAGCACUGAUGUUUAAAUGUUGAUCCUAUAUCCGAAUCCAUUUUUGAUAGAGAGGCACAUCACCAAACAGCAAUGCUGUCGUCCUCUGCUACAAUACCUCGCGCAAAAAAGUCUAAUAAAAGGAAAACUCAGUAGUAAAUGUCGAUAUUAAUUCCCAUUUUAUUGAGCACAUAUAGAAGGUUUAAAUUAUCCGCGUAUUAUGUUAUUGCUAAAAUUAAUAAACCCACAAAAAAAUCUCCUCCAUGCUUAAUAUCAAACAAAAUACGCUCUAUGAUGUGGAAUGUGUGUUUUGUUCCCGCCCUUUUUGCCUGUAUUAUCUAAGUGUACCUUAUUUACUGAAAAAUAAAAAAAAAUUAGGCACGCUCGUAAAAUGCACACGGAUAUGCUCUGAAAA